UAGCAGAAGCAAAAGAGCCUUGUUCACCAAUUAAGUCUUUGAAGAGAAAGAGUAAUUGGAAAAUGGCUUCAAAGAGUGUUUCAGCUGUUGCCCUAAUUCUGGUCUCCCUCAACCUCCUUUUCUUCUCCAUGGUUAGCUCCAACCCCCUAAUGACCCCUGCCCUUGUCUCAUCAAUAAUAUCUAACAAAAAGUGCCCCGAAUUACAUGUUUGCGCCACUAUUUUGCCUCCCCAUCACAAGCCAGACAAGGGUUGCUGCCCCCUCAUCGCCGGUCUUAUUGAUCUUGAAGCCGCCGUGUGCCUCUGCGCCGUACUCAAGCUCGACCUCGGUGGAAUCAUCUCCAUUCCCCUUGACAUUUUCGUCAACCUGCUAUUAAACAUGUGUGGACGCAAAUCGACCACCUACACUUGCAACUGAGAACUGAAUAUGUAUGACAUGUAUCCACCAUGUUCUGUUGUGUUAAUUAGUUCGUAUCAUGGUCUUUGUUUAUCGUCUUGUUAGUGAAAGUUGUUUAAUAAAUUAAUUGUGUCCUUUGUUCGGGAAGUGAUUCCAAGUUAUUAAGUUGCUUAUUGUUUA